UGGUCCAUACCUUACACAAAUGCUCACGCAGCAAACAUCAAAGCAUAUUUGAGUAACAUAGCCACAGCAUGCAUAACCAUUCGUCAGAAAAUGAGAGACAAGCACUGGAAACAGACGAUGAAGUCCAUGAAAUCAUGUCAAAUGGAGCCUGCACAGCCAACGUCAGGCCUAGCUCCCGGGCUAGUAUAGCUCGAUCCCUGAGUGCGGCCAGCACGAUCAUACAUACCACUCGAUGGACGCCUAGACGAGUAUUCGUCUUCAUCCUACUCUCGCUUGUUUAUUUUCUCACGUACUCUUGUCUCUCGCUACUGUCUACGUUCUUCACGGUAGAGGCUCAACAGAAGGGUGCGAGGGACACUGUUAUUGGUCUUAUCUUUGGCAUGUACCCCUUGGUGGCGUUUGCUUCUGCCAUGAUGUAUGGGGGAUGGGUGAUACCUCGCUGGGGGCCCAAAUUCGUUCUCCUAGCUGGCCUAGUUUUAAAUGGAGGAGCGAAUAUCUUGUUUGCGUACGUCCCUCAUCUUCCAUCCGGACCAGUCUUCAUUAUAUUCUGUUUCGUCAUACGUACGGUCAGUGCUUUCGGAGGGUCUGCUUGUGAGAAUGCUGUUCUCGCCAUCCUCAUUGGUGAAUUCCAUGAGAAUGUAUCCGCGAUAAUGAGUGCAGUGGAGCUGUUUGCUGGACUCGCCUUCGCUAUUGGUCCUUUACUGGGAGGCUUGAUGUACACGGCCGGCGGGUUCAAGCUACCGUUCCUUGUGAUGGCCGUGUUACUUUGUCUAUCUAUUCCAGCCGUGUUGUUAUUUCUCCCAAACACUGAAGCUGUUACAGAGCGAAGCGAGAAUAAGAUUCCGAUUUUCCGCGCUGUAACUAUCCCAGGAGUUAUUCUAGUAGCUAUCCAGUUGACUCUCGGCUUGAGUCUCUUCUCGUUUUUAGAUCCAACGCUGGCCCCAUUCACAAAAAAGAUGGGUCUGAAUGCGGCCUAUACGGGACUUUUGUUUAUGGUGUUAUCCCUGGCGUACGCCCUUUCCACUGCUGUAGUUGGCCGGAUUUGUGAGAAAACGAAAGCGUUCCGAACGUGUCUAGGAGUCUCAUUUCUGUUGAUGGGUACCGGUCUGUUAUUCCUCGGUCCCGCUCCAUUCCUCGAUUCCUUUGUACCGCAGAAAAAAAUCUGGUUGUUAUGCAUCAGCCUUGGUUUAAAUGGCGUGGGAGGGUCUCUCAUAUUAAUCCCAUCCGUACCAGAGAUGCAACGCUGCUGCUUGAAUGCAGGUUUUACCAAUGGUUUGGCCUUGAACUCAAUGCUGUCUGGUAUAUUCACGGCCGGAACGAAUUUCGGAGGGUUUGCAGGUCCUGUUUUGGGUGGAAUACUCGUGGAUAAACUCGGGUUUCCAUGGAUGGCCACGGUUAUGGCGUUCUUGGCUCUUUCUUUGAUGGUGCUUUCUGCUGCCUGGGCGCUGUUUUCUUGGAUAAGUCUUACAAACAACGCCAGCGAGGAGAGAAAACCGCUACUUGCCGCUGCCACCAGAAAGAAGAAAAAGCGACGACGACGUCACUCAUCUAAUCCAUCAAUCAGCAACGGGGAGAAACAAAGAACACCGACGCCAGUUUGACUCGGACUCAUGGGAACCCUGAGUGUAAAAACACAGCUUCUAUAGUGGUACAGAGUGAUGCAGUUAUUGGAAUACUUGUUGUUAUGAUCGAACUACAGGGUUCAACAAGCAUCUUUGAAGUGAUUCCUUCAAUAAAGCACAUGGCAAGCUUACAUAACAAUAGUGGGUCACGUGAUGGCGUGACUCCAUAUAUGGGACUACUCACAACACUUUUCAGAUGGCAGCCAUGGCCCUGAUCCUUGAGAUGUGUACAAGAUUUCAUAUAUAUAUAUGCGGCUGCAUUAGUUCUAUCAUGUUUUAGCUAUAAAUCCCGCUUAACACAUAGACUCCUGGCUAUUUUUGAGCUGAAUUUACAAUAAAACAGACAGAAAACAGA